AUGCUUAACGCUUUGAAAACUAAGCGAUAUAACAUCAAAGCCUCUUCAAACAACGAUGAGAAAAAACUGAUACAGAUAGUCCCUGAACCUAAAUUUGUUAUCAAGACUAAGAUAUUCUCAUCGUACGGCGGGUCACUACCAGGCACUAAACUUUUUAUAAAUGUUGGAUCCCAUCCAAAGGUUCCAAUGCCGAAAGAUGAUUCAGGUAAUGAUACCGAGGUAUUCGAUCCGGCCAUAAUAUUUCCUCAGAUUAUGAACAAUAAGUGGGAAAUACCUAUUCUCACAUCACCUCAGCUCCGAAAUGGAAAGGAUAAGAAGGGAAAGAAUUGUUUAAUUGUUGAUUGUAUUAUAAAUAGAAAGCCUAUGGAAUGGGUGUCUUUGAAUGCAGAUCUUAGAAUGAUAUUGACUCAGUGGUGUUUUGAUUCUGUUGAAUUUCAGGUAGGAGGACACUUCUUAAUUGACCGAGAUGCUGUUAAGUUUCCUAGAAGGUCUUAUAUGGGGCAGUUACAGAAUAUAGACGUCAAUGUUGCCAAUUUGAAUAAUGAUUUUCAUGAGGUACAAGAACUUCAAAACUCGUUCGAUCAGAAAGAGAGCUUUACAAACAUUCUUGAUGCCAAAAGAUUGAUGCAAGAAGAGAAUGGGCUAAAUAACUUAAAAAUGCCAAAUGACUCUCCAGUAUUUCCGGCAGCUAAGCGCUCGCCACUUAUACUUGAAAUUAAUCCGUCAAAUUUGCAUCAUAGUAAACAAAAGCCAAAGGAAAAGUUGGUUUCUCAGACAAAUGAAAAAAUUCCCUUCACUGUUGAUCUCAAAAUGCUUGAACCUAAAGAUACCAAAGAGUGUUAUACCUUUCUACUACAUGUUACGUCACAGUUAUCUGGGGAUGACAAUUUUGAAUUGAACUACAACAAAUAUACCAAAAGUAUUAUAAUAUCAUCAUCGGGAAAGAUUAACUCCAGUCCCAUAGCAUUUCCCAUACCUGCAAAAAGUCAAGGUCUCAUUACUUCCUACUACCUCAAAGCUGAAAAGUCAUUAUAUAUAUUUGUGAGAUGA